AUGACCGUCAUCGGGAGAGAGAAGAAGUGGUGGAAGCAGGCCUCCAUCUACCAGAUUUACCCUGCCUCCUUUUGCGACUCCAACGGAGAUGGCAUCGGCGAUAUCCCUGGCAUCACUUCCAAGCUGGACUACAUUGCCGGCCUCGGCGUCGACGCCAUCUGGGUGUGUCCCAUGUACGACAGCCCGCAGGUCGACAUGGGCUACGACAUUGCCAACUACGAGGACGUCUACCGCCCGUACGGCACUGUCCAGGACAUGGAGACGCUGAUCCGCGAGACGCACGCCCGCGGCAUGCGCAUCAUGCUCGACCUCGUCAUCAACCACACCUCGGACCAGCACGCCUGGUUCAAGGAGUCGCGCGCCAGCAAGGACAGCCCCAAGCGCGACUGGUACAUUUGGAAGCCCGCCAGACACUCUCCCACCACCGGCGAGCGCCUCCCGCCCAACAACUGGCGCUCCAACUUUGGCGGCGGCAGCGCCUGGGAGUGGGACGAGGCCACCCACGAGUACUACCUCCAUCUCUUCGCCGCGGAGCAGCCCGACCUCAACUGGGAGAACCCGGUCACGCGCCGCGCCAUCUACGCCUCGGCCAUGGAGUUUUGGCUCGCCCGCGGCGUCGACGGCUUCCGCGUCGACACGGUCAACAUGUACAGCAAGCACCAGGACUACCCCGACGCCCCCGUCACUGACCCCGGGGCCGCCUACCAGCCUGCCGGCUCCGUCUACUGCAACGGGCCCCGCAUGCACGAGUUCCUCUCCGAGAUGAACGCCAUCCUCGCCCGCCACGGCGCCAUCACCGUCGGCGAGCUGCCCUGCACGCCCGACAUGGCCAGGGUGGUCAGGUACGUCAGCGCCAGGGAGAAGCAGCUCGACAUGGUUUUUCAGUUUGACCUUGUCGACGUUGGCUUUGGCAAGACGCACAAGUUUGACACGACGCCCCGCAGCUGGACGCUGCCCGACGUCAAGGCCGCCGUCGAGCGCACCCAGAGCAUCAUCCGCGGCACCGACGCCUGGACCACGGCCUUUAUCGAAAACCACGACCAGUCCCGCUCCGUGUCGCGCUUCGCCGACGACAGCCCGCAGUACCGCGUCGCCGGCGCCAAGCUGCUCGCGCUCAUGCAGUCCUGCCUCAGCGGCACGCUGUACGUCUAUCAGGGCCAGGAGAUUGGCUGCGUCAACGCCCCCAAGGCCGGCUACCCGCCCGAAAAUUACCUCGAUAUUGACAGCUCUUCCUACUACAAGAUGGUUCGGGAGCGCCACGGCGCCGACAACCCGGCCGAGCUGGACCGCGCCUUUGCCGCCAUGCAAUAUCUCGCCCGCGACCACGCUCGCGUGCCCAUGGCCUGGGACGGCACCGCCAAGCACGCCGGCUUCUCCGAUCCCGCCAUCAAGGCCGGCCGCGACGUCGCCGAGCCCUGGAUGAAGACGCACCCCCUCGCCGCCGAGAUCAACGUCGCGGCGCAGCUCGACGACCCCGGCAGCGUGCUCGCCUUUUGGCGCAGGAUGCUCGCGUUUCGCAAGGAGCACGCCGACGUGCUGGUGUACGGCGACUACACGGGUCUGCAAGAGGACAACGAGGAGACGUACAUGUUUCUCAAAGAAGCGCAGGGCGGCUCGCAGCGGGCGCUCGUGGUCCUCAACUUUACCAAGGAGCCGCAGACGUGGACUGUGCCGUCUGCCUCGGAGCUCGGACUAACGGAACAGGAUUCGGUCAAGUUGACGCGCAUCCUGUCUACGCAUGACGGUAAGGAUGAAGGACAGAAUCUACAUCCUUUUGAAGGUCAAGUCUUUACUAUCAGUGCGUAA